AACAAGCCAGUCCGGAGGAUUUAACAAAAAACACAGGAAGCAACCGCUGGAUUCCUAGAACAAAUGCUUCUCCGACUUAUAAGCUAAAAUAUAUUUUUUAUUUAAACUCAUAGCAAUAAUCACUCCAGAUAGCAUCAUCUUUAUCAUAGUGUUACAACUAAUUUGACAUUUAUUUAAAUAGAUUGCCCACCAUGUUGAUUAAAGUGAAGACUCUCACUGGCAAGGAAAUAGAGAUUGACAUAGAGCCUACAGAUAAGGUGGAGCGGAUUAAAGAAAGAGUGGAAGAGAAAGAGGGGAUCCCUCCCCAACAACAGAGGUUGAUCUACAGUGGGAAACAAAUGAACGAUGAGAAAACAGCCGCAGACUAUAAGAUCCAGGGCGGCUCUGUUCUGCACCUGGUACUGGCCCUGAGAGGAGGACGCCGGCUAUGCUUCACCUUUUAGCCUCAACUAAACAAGCUAAAACUGAAAAGAUGCCUUCAAAGAUCGCACUGUUACCUGAAGCAGCUGAACAACCACCUGUUGACACUUAAAGGCACCACGGAGUCGUUAACUGAGUUGAAUCAGUUUUUUUUUUUCAUUUUUGUUGCUUUCCAUCUCCAAAGCUACGUAUGUACGCAGAAAGUAAAUCACCAAAGCUUUGGAUCAACACAUGGCUGAGUUGAAGUUAAGAAAAAAGUGAUAUUUAAUCAUUCUUCUGUCACUUUGUGCAAAUAGUUUUAUGUUCUCAAAGACAUGCUGGAGAAGAAUGUUUGCUGCACCUAAAAUAAACGUGACAAAACUAUAAUGUAAAGGUCUUUUUUUGUCACAAUGUAACACACAGGGUGUGACUGAAUCCAGCUGUUUAUGAAGCACUGAUGUAGCAGAGUGAGAAUGAGGAGAGUUUUAAAAAACAGUGUUGAGAUAUAAAACAAGACUAACCUUAAAAUAAACCAAAAACCUUUGAUUCUG